CCUCCAUGCCUUGCAUUGUCCUGGGCACACGACCGAUUCAACUUCCUCUCUGACACCAUGUCGAACCCAGCAGCGGUAGCAGCGAGUCAUCCCAAAGCUCCUGAUCCAGACUCCAAGACGCAUAAUCCAUUGAGGAGGUUCCGGAACAAGAUUGACGAGAUUGGGAGUGAUUUCUCAAAAUUAGGAGUGGCCAUAUCGACAACGUUGAACCCGAAUCAUCGACAUGAUGAGGCGUGGGAGCAGGAAAGAGAUGCAAAAUUGGAAGCUAUACGGGAUGGUCAUCGAUUCAGGAGUUUCGCAGGAGAGCGAGAUGGCAAUAUCGUGAAAUGGCAUGUAGACGGGCAUGACUAUUUUUGGGCUUUGUCUGAACUCAUCGACGGCGCGAAGGAGUCCAUUAUGAUUCUCGAUUGGUGGCUCUCGCCAGAGCUACAGCUUCGUCGGCCUGCCGCUUUGUUCCCUGAAUGGCGCCUUGACCGUCUUUUGAAACGCAAAGCAGAGGAAGGGGUUAGGAUUUACGUGAUGGUGUAUAAAGAGGUCACAGCAUCCAUGGCCUUGUCUUCGAAACACACCAAACAUGCUCUAGAGGAUCUGCAUGAGAAUAUCGCCUGUAUGAGACAUCCAGAUCACUCAGGAGGCGAGCUCGUAUACUAUUUCUCCCACCAUGAGAAGCUCUGUGUCGUCGACUGCACGUAUGCCGCCAUGGGUGGUCUUGAUGCUUGUUACGGACGUUGGGAUACGCGCAACCAUCCAUUGGCCGAUGUACAUCCCACGGAAUUCUCCAAAAGCUUGUUUCCCGGUCAAGAUUACAAUAAUUCUCGUAUCAUGGACUUCCAGACUGUCGAUAAAUUCACAUCCAAUGCCCUCGCGAUACAGGAGGCGCCGCGAAUGCCAUGGCAUGACACUUCUUUGACGAUGGUAGGACCAAGUGUAGUCGACCUGUUCCAACACUUCUGCGAGCGUUGGAAUUUUGUCAAGUCCAUUAAGUACAAGCACGAUCAUCACUUCGAAUGGCUUGCAUUGCCCCUCCCGUGGGACUCAGUCGAAGCAAAGGAAGCUGAAGAGAAGAAGAUCAAGGACAACGAGUUCCGAAAACAUCAUCCACACCUGGCAGAAUGGAAAGAGAAAGGUCGACAAUUUGCGCAUCCGUAUCAUUGGCCGCCGUCUGAGGCUCCUCGCGCAAAGGAGGAUGUUCCUAAUGGACAUUGCCGAGUGCAGGUCCUCAGAUCUGCUGCAGACUGGAGUCACGGUACCCUUCUGGAAGAUAGCAUACAACAGGCAUACAUCGGUCUGAUUCGUGAAGCCAAUCAUUGUAUUUACAUUGAGAACCAAUUCUGCAUCUCCGCCACACAUACUGGGGACCCCGUCAAGAAUCAAAUUGGUGCCGCCUUAGCAGAGCGAAUCAUUUCCGCCGCGAAAGAAGGCCGGAAAUUCAAGAUCAUUGUCCUCAUUCCUGCAGUCCCAGCUUUCCCCGGUGAUAUCAAAUCUCAAUCGGGGCUCAAGGCGAUUAUGGAAGCGCAAUAUCGGAUCAUCAACCGAGGUGGCGCUUCAAUCUUUGAAGUGGUGCGAAAAGAGGGCUUCGAACCGAUGGAAUACAUCACGUUCUGGAAUCUGCGUAGCUAUGAUCGUAUCAAUUCGCCAUUUAAUCAUCUAGCGGAGAUGGAAAGGAUUUCUGGGGUGUCCUUCCACGAGGCUCAGGUUGCCCUAGCCAAGAUCUACGUUGGCUCCGACGACGUGACCGGAGAUGCUGACGAGGUCGUCAAUAUCGAGAAGCCUCACGACCAGACAACCCGAGUUGACCAGAUUGGAAAGGCCGACACGGUAGAAAAGGCUGUCAAGCUGCCCAAGACGGUCGAUGAGGCCAGAGAUAUCAUUCAUCGAUUCGAGAGCGCUCUCGGAAGAACAGAUGCCCAAGUAUCUGACAAUGUGUGUCAACACGCCUUCCAAACCAAGACAAGCUUGAUGGAUGAGAAGUGGGCAGGUACGGAGGCGACAGAAAGGGAAUGCUUUGUGACGGAGCUCUGCUACAUUCACAGCAAACUCAUGAUUGUCGACGAUCGCCGGGUCAUCUGUGGCAGUGCCAACCUGAACGAUAGAAGUCAGAAUGGAGAUCACGAUUCGGAGAUUGCUGUCGUCAUUGAAGAUCAAGACAUGGUAGAAUCAAUGAUGGACGGGAAGAAAUACAUGGCAUCGAGGGUCGCGACGACUUGGCGUAGAACAUUGAUGAGAGAACACCUUGGUCUGCUCCCCCCUCAACCUGCUUUCGAUCGCGAUUCUCAGCCUAACGCUGCUAUGCAUCCCGCUCCUUCGCCUUUGGAGUAUGAUUGGGGUUCGGAAGAGGACAAAGCCGUGGAGGAUGUCUUAUCAGACAGUUUCGAACGAUUGUGGACCGAGACUGGAAGAAGUAACCGCGCGGCGUUCGAAAGGGUCUUUAGACCCGUCCCCAAUGACGAUAUCAGGAACUGGAACGACUAUGUAUCGUACAUUGCCCCUUCGGCUGGGAUCUCGACUGGCCAUGUGUCUAACAAAGAUCUCUCCUUGCAGCAGAUCAAGGGAGAGUUGUCCAAAAUUAAAGGUCACCUCGUUGAUAUGCCCAUCGAGUUCUUGAUUGAGGAGAAGCAGUUGACUGAAGGAAACUGGCUUGCGGUCAACUCGCUCACACUGGCUUUGUACGUCUAGAUUGGGUCGUCAAUGUAGACUUCGAUAAACGUUCCUGUAGACAUCAAUGUAGCGGCAGGGAGACUGUAGAGAAAGACUUCGUUUAGUCUUUGGUUGGAGCAGAAUCAGCAUGAUGUGAAGACAGUUCAAGGAUGUUGAAAAUGUAUGUAUACUGUAUACAAAGU